CUCCGUCUCAUUCUCCGUUUCUUCGCCCGGGUCGUGGUCUCUGACACUAGAGCGUCUGUUUUAACCCCUCAUUUUCGCGUCCGUGCUACCUUCGCUCCUGCGUGAACGCUCACUCACGGCCGAGGGCGAUGCACAACACUCACGACUUCGGCGGCGGAGCGCGUCGCGGGGGGAAGAACAAGCAGUGGGUCGCGUCUGCCAUGGAUCAGCCCUUGUCUAGUGGUAGUGGUGGUCGGCCAAGAGGAUCCCAUGGGCACGGGAAAGGUCGGGGCGGAGGUGGACUGAAGAACAACGGAUACCACUCAGAGCCGGAUGAAGUCAAGCCCACCUCGAGCAAGCCUGCCUCCCCAUACGAGCACCUGGAGAAUACCGUAGAACUUGACGAUCCCGUUUUUGCGCCGCUUUUCGUCGCGCCCGAGGACGAGCCCGCGAAUCAAACGAUGGAGGAAAAGGAAGCAGUUUACAAGGACCUUGUACAUCUGUGGGAACUGGAGGCCAAAGUGGCCGUUCGUACGGGCAAAAUGUCUUCUGAGAAGGGGGACAUCCAUAACCCUAUAACAAUGGCUGGUACAUGUAUGCACAUGUGUUCCCGUAGAGAGCGGUAUCGGAGGGAACGAGAGUUCAAUCUCGAGGUUUGGGAACAGCUACCCGGCACUCGAUACGUAGAUCACCCACACGCCGUGACAAAGUACGAACGCGCCCGAGGAGACAAAGUGACCCCAUCUGACUUGCGACCGCUUCCGAUCCUCAAGGCAACAAUGGACUACAUGCUACAGGAUUUGAUGUCACGUGGUGGCUUUGAAGCUACGCACAGUUUCAUCAGGGACAGAACGCGUCAAAUACGGGCCGAUUUGACGAUACAACGGCUUGCCUCACCAGUUGUGCUGGAAUGCAUCGAGCGGUGCAUGCGAUUCCAUAUCCUCGCCUUCCGAAAGAUGCGCGAUGACAAGAGUUUUGACAAGCCGACGGAGACUGGGCUGUUGUCGAAUUGCACGCAAUCGUUGAAAGAGCUGUACAAUGACUUGCGCGACGAAUCCGAAUUUGGGCCUGCGUACGCUUUCCCCUGUGAAGUGGAGAUGUGGAUCUACAGAUGCCUCAUAUUCAUCCGGAACCAGGGCCCCGAACAAAUCCCACCGCAAAUCCAGGCACACCCACUGUAUAAACUGGCCGUCCAGUUUCGGUCGCACGUGCAAAGCGCGAGCGGGACAAUCACGAGAAGCAGCGAACUCAAAGUCGGGGGCCAGGGCAUGGCCACGUUCCAGCAAUUAGUGGAGAAACUGCUGGAAACAGAAGACGGGCGUCCGAUGGUGUUCAUGGUUGCAUGCCUGUUGGACAGUAUCUUCGGGACGGGGACGGUGAAGGAAAUUGAUGACCUCCGCGAAGGCUAUACAGACUUGGAUUUGAUCGUUCGAGCAGAGCCAUCAGAAGCAGACGAACAAGUGGAUGAGGCGGAAGAAGAGGAAGAGGAAGUGGAAGUGGAAGAUGAAACGGAGGAGGCUAUGGAAGGAGAGGAGGAAGGAGUCACUGAGCAAGACGUGGAUGACAUGGAAUCAGACUUGGAUGAUGAAGCUUUGACCGUGGCUCCUGAAACGGUUUCAACUUCUACGUUCUUGCCCCCAGUGACAGCUUCCGCAUUUCCAACUGCAAGCUCAUCUUCUGGCUUUCCACCAUCUGCAUCCGCCUUCCCAAAUUCCAGCAUCUCGCCUCUGACUGCGAAUGCUUUCACAAAGAUCACCUCUACGAGCAAUGUUUUCGGCAAUCGGUCGAGUGCUUUUGGGAACAUCGGCGCUGGAAACGCAUUCACUGCGAUCGCUGCUUCUAGCAGUCGUCCGAACGGAUCCCUGUUUGGUUCUCCCUCGACACGGAUGAAUUCUUCGCCCUUCUCGUCGGCAAAUGGAACUUCGACAUUACCGACCCCCGCAAGUGCUGCUCCAGUGACAAAUUCAUUCGGAGGUGGAGGAACAAAUACAACAUCUGAUCCUCUCAACCCCAAGGCACCUGAAUUCGUACCGUCAUUUGGCCACUUAACGAACAUGCCGCCGCCAGCACUCCCUGUUCCAAUGCAGCCGCAGGCCAUCGCCCCCGUCGCCCCCGCCGCACCAUCUCAACCUAUCCAUCAACCCCAGCCAGCCAAACCUAUAUUUGGUGUGUCAUCCACUGGGCUGGCGAGUUAUAGUUCUGGUCCCGUCUUACCCCAAAUCGAUACCUCCUUGACCAUCAAAAUCAAUGGGCCGAUUACCCCAAUCAAUCCCCCCGCUCUGGAAAAAGUGCAGCCCGUGUCGUUGCCGUCGACGCCCACUGCGCCGCCCUUGCAGUCCGGCUUCUUCAAUCUGACUGCAGGCUUGGGCGAGCCACUCAUCCAGCCAAUGAAAACCGGCAACCGUCUGCUUGCUUCGCUCAGGACGGAUCUGGCGCCCAGUGCCGGAAUGCUCAGUCCGUUGGUGAUGACUCCAUCAUCGACACCGCUGAGAACUAGCUUCUCUCCAACGAAGCAGAUCUCACCGCCUGAUCGGAAGGGGAAAGGCAAAGCUACUGACAUUGAUCUUGAGACGCAGGCUCGGGAAUUCGAGUCGCGUGGUCUUCUGGUGCGCGAGUCGUUUAAACGGUGGCAGAAACUAGCGACGGACCAUGCGGAGUGGAUCGCGGCCUGCCAGAGAGGCGAGCGUUACUCCGCUACGAUUCGCAGCCGGAGAUACGGGCGCUCUCUCAGGGAUGACGACGAGGAGAGCUCCGCGUCCAUGUCAGUCACGCCAACGAAACGGCGCCGGCAGAGGACGUAUCAGCCCCGGAAAACGGACGAUGAACUUCUUUCGCGGUUUGAGGAGAACAAGGCAGAGCACGACCGUCGCUGGGCACCGGGCUCUUUUCUCCAGAUCAUACGCAAGGCGCUCAAGCUCAAAAGUCAAUGGCACAUAUGGUUGUCACUUAACCCCGAGGUUGAUGCGACAGCGAUCUGGGCUCAGACAAAAUUCGAUGUCGAGAAAGCCGAUUCGAGCUGGGUGAAUGAGACUGUUCUGGCCAUCCCAGUGAUCGCGCCAGGCAAGGGAUAUCCCGGAUUGGUCGUUUUCGAGUGCACUCCCCUGGGCGGGGUGAAUGACGAACUUGAUCGCAAGUAUCUCGUCCUCGACGACUGCUCUCGGUUGCGGGAUCUCGUCAGCGCUUUGCCCGAGGACCGGCAUUUUGUGCCCAGUCUGGUGUUCUUCGUUUGGCAAUCCGGAUUGGAAGAUGAUAUGUUGGAGAUGGCUAAAAAACUCGUCGACGCGGGCACCAUCACUGGAUUUCGCGUCGUUCCCGUUGCAGCAGUGUCGGACGAUCUGGAUCUCAUGUUUAGUGAUGCGUUGACCCACAUGGAUGUGGAUGUGACCGGGCGCCUCGGGCAGGAGCUAACCGCGCAAGGUGUUUUCAAGAACCUCUGUGAUUCUGUAUACACCGCCUUCCUCGCGGAGUGGGCCGAGUCCUCGGAGUGGGGACUGAUCUCCUCGGCUGUCGAGAUCCUCAACGAAACGGCGAAUCUGGCCUUGGAUCUCGUUGGCCUGUCUCACGGACAACGUGUUUUGCCUCCGUUGCCGUCAGCAGAGAUCUGGGAUACCGAAUCCGCCUUCGCGGCUAUUGGCGCCUGGCUCCGUAACCCGCUUCUCGAUGCUGACGGCGCAGAUGCUGUGUGGGUUGAUGUGAGGGCCUACCGGGAUAUUGGUCGCGAUUUUCCCCUCUUCCCAUUUCUGGAGCAUCUGAGAGAGUUGGUGGUACUGGACUCGACUGCAACAUAUUUUGUCUGCACCAAAGACAGUCUGGCCACCCUCGAACGCCUCAAAAAUGCCGCUCGGGAGCUGCAUUUCCAGUUGGCUUCUCGCGCCUUCUCUUCCUCCCGGCGACGGAGAACGCGGAGUGUCAGUGUCAGUGAAGAUGCCAGCUCAUCGGUCUCCAAACGACGACGGAUGUCUGUCUCGACAUCCCAGGCCAGCCCGCCCCAAAUCAACGGAAACGGAACUGCCCACGGAACACCGAUACCGGGAACACCAUCUCCCACUUUGAGCACCGUGUCGCUCGAUCCGGCUGUCGUCACUGUGUCAAUGCUGAGGCAACUGACCCAGGAUCUCAAGUCGAAGUACGGCAAACGAUAAUCUUUCUAUAUUUGUGUAGCAUGACAUAUCUACCCUGCUUUCGAAUGGCUUGCGAUCGCCCUGGAUUGACUGAAAACCAACAAAUGACUCUAUUUACAAGCCCGUUUUCAGGCCGAAGCACAGUUGAACGUAUAAAGCUGAGAAUUUACGUUAAUGUCGAGACCCAGGCGUAACCAGUGUCGCUUACGUCACCUGACUCACGUGAACAUUUCUUUUUUUCCUCCGUUCUCCGUCGCGCAGACGAG